AUGAAUAUAUUUAGAUUAGCAGGGGAUAUGACCCAUUUGGCAAGUGUACUAGUUUUGCUUCUCAAGAUUCACACUAUCAAAUCUUGUGCUGGCAUUUCGCUGAAGACUCAAGAGCUUUAUGCUAUUAUCUUUGCUACUCGUUACUUGGAUCUAUUUACGGGCUAUAUCUCACUUUAUAAUACUCUAAUGAAAUUAAUUUUCUUGGGGAGCUCUUUCUCAAUUGUUUGGUAUAUAAGGCAUCACAAGAUCGUCCGAAGAUCCUAUGACAAAGACCAGGACACUUUUCGCCAUUAUUUCCUCACGCUGCCAUGUUUACUCUUAGCUCUACUCGUACAUGAGAAGUUCACCUUCAAAGAGGUAAUGUGGACAUUUUCCUUGUUCUUGGAAGCCGUUGCCAUCCUUCCUCAGCUGGUCUUGCUGCAGAGAACAAGAAAUAUUGACAACUUGACUGGGCAAUAUGUUUUUCUUCUAGGAGCAUACCGGGCAUUAUACAUUUUAAACUGGAUUUAUCGUUACUUCAAUGAGCCACACUAUGUCCACUGGAUAACUUGGAUUUCUGGGCUUGUUCAGACGCUGCUUUAUGCUGAUUUCUUUUAUUAUUACUUCCAAAGUUGGAAGAAGAACGUCAAGCUCGAAUUACCUGCUUGA